AUGGCUGAGGACGACACCCCUUCGACGCCUCGCGCCAGUCGCUCGCCAGCCCGCGAACACCCCUCCUCCCCUUCUCUUACUCACCACCCUCUGCGCCUCCACAGCCCGUCCGGACCGCUCAUGCCUGUCGUCGGACGCAAGACAGGCCUCGAGGGGUUUCUGCCGGAGAGCAAGAAUUUGGCGGGCGGGGAGGAGGAGAAGGAGAGGGAGGAGAUGGUUGACGAGGAGGACGAUGGGGAGGAGGGAGGUGCCCAGGAAGAGGGGAAGAAUGUGGAGAAAGAAGGUUUGACGUCGAAAGUCGCCUCCCUCUCGCUUGCGCCCAAAUCCGCCUCCCCUUCGUCAUCCGAGAGCGACCCCUCCCCCGUUCCUCCGAUCGACCUCGCCUCGCUCGUCGCCAGCGUCGACCCAGCCAUCAAAGAACUCCCCCUUCCCUCGCCGCCUCCGCCCGGCGCUUACAUCUUCCCAGACAGUCAUGGCAGGGCGUCGUUCUCGUCCGACAUGGAGAGUCCGUCGCCUGCUCAUGCGAGUGAGGUGCUGCAGGGCGUGGAGGCGGGUGCGAGUGGGAGGAGGGAGGAGCAGAAGCAUGCUGUGGGCGCCAAGUCGGGAGCGGCGAGCGAGACUUCCGACCCAAAGCCACAGCCCAUCCUGCUCCUCCCCUCCGCCCUCUUCGCCGCCUCGAACUGCCCCAUCUGCCGUCGCCCGCUCCAAGCCUUCACCGCGAAAACGACCUCAGCAGCGACGAUCAGCGGAGAACAGGCGAAAGAGGCGGUUCUCCGUCAUUGGGGCUGUUUGAGGAUCCAGGUCGAGGAGGGGAAGAUGGGCGUCGGAAUGGGGACGUGA